AAAGCAGGAGGGCACAUUGUGAGGGAGGACAUAAAGCAGGUGAGGGAGGACAUAAAGCAGGAGGGCACAUUGUGAGGGAGGACAUAAAGCAGGUGAGGAGGACAUAAAGCAGGAGGGCACAUUGUGAGGGAGGACAUAAAGCUGGUGAGGAGGACAUAAAGCAGGAGGGCACAUUGUGAGGGAGGACAUAAAGCAGGUGGACACAAGCCGCGUGUUGGGGACACAAACACCACCAUGGCCUCCAUGCUUCUAGUAUGUUCCAUGGCGGUCUUCACCACCAACUUCAUCGGCGGCCUUUGCCGCGCUCUGGACAAGCACGGAUCCGCGGACGCGUCCUGGGCUUUACGCGCGGACGCGCUCAGCCACCAGGAGCCCCGGGACUAUCGGGACCAUCAGAACCACCGGGACCAUCAGGACCACCGGGACCAUCAGGACCAUCAGGACCAUCAGGACCACCGGGACCAUCGGGACCACCGGGACUAUCGGGACCACCAGGACCACCAGGAGCGCUGCGCGGAUCUGAGGGCCCCCUGGCUGCACAACUCCGGGUUCCAAGCCGCAGUUAAGUCCACCGUGCUGCACCUCAGCGUCCGGCCGGCGUCUGCUGGAGCGUCCCGGGGCUCAGUGUUCCCGCAGCCGCCGCUGUUCAGCUUCGUGCGGCGGGUGUAUCGCUGCUGCCGGGAGGCCCGGGAGUGUCGGGGCGUCAGAGGCCUGCAGGGAGCCUUCAUCGCAGGAGGGCCAGACGUGGAGUUUCUCCUCAGCAGGGACGUUUGGUUUCUGAGCGUCAGGAGAGCCGAGCUUCACCUGCAGCUUUCCAACCCUCAGCAUGCUGACAUCCAACCUGAGCUUCACCUGCUGGCCAACAAGCAGCUUCCCACCAGGUUCAUUUCAAGGUCCCAGGGCGACACCACGGAGCUGAGAGUGGAUCUGCUCUUCUUCUUCCAGAGCCUCCAAGCGGCGGCGGGCGGGCCAGGAGGAGGCCGCGCCCUCGCCAACAUGAGGCUUUCUUCGCCGCGACACCGGCUGCAGGACGACCACGACGACGGCGGCGUGUGGGGCGAGAUGGGCGUGGCUUUAGGCUGCAGCCGGGAGGGCGUACCUGUCACCUGCCAAAGUGUCCAAGUCCGCCUCCUGCACUCGCCUUUCCUGGCCUUUUACUACCGAUGAUGGACUACAAGACUCUCAUCAAGCCCACAAAGAACUGACGCACUUCCAAAGCAAAUUUAUUAACUUAUAAAUGUCAACAUUAUAUAAAUAUAUUUUCACAUUCA